UAACUAUUGGCGUGCUCUGUUUGCGUAACUCAAAAAAGAAACCCCUUGGAUCGAUGUUCUCCGGCAGACUGACCGGAAUUUGAAAGUGAAAAAAACUAACAAGUCUACGUAUUGAUAAGAGCUGUUUAUAACGACGCCGUAUCAAAUGCAGAAACGAACCGUUUCAAGGCUUCUAUAACCUAUUCGCCUUUGCGAUCAAGCAAGCGAAAGCAGAGACGCGCAAGGCAGAGAGCUGAGACUCUCUCUCUCUCCCUCUCUCUUUCCUGAAUCCAACGCAGCACGCCUGGUAUCAUUCAUACUUGGAUUGGAGGGCUUCAGAGUUCUCGUGAUUCGAUUUAAUUCCAUCACGUUUGGUAGAUUUUUUUUCUUUUUUAUGGGCUUUGUAUGCACUUGUCCUGUGCAGCAAUGGUGGCGAAUGUUAUUCGGGACCCAGUUGAGAAAACAUUCAUCUUCUCCUAAAACUAUACUUUUCCAACUCUUUGAACUCUGUUUUCAUCUGGGUAUUGCUAAAAAUGGAAGUUGGGCUUGUUGGGUUGCUCAGAGUCUCUUGGAUUGCUGGAACGUUGCCUAUACUCAUUGCUUCGCUACCCUGUUCUGGUUUGACUUCGUUUCAUCGAGCUCUUUCUGGGUUCGCUAAGAGAGGGAAGACACUGCAAUCUUCUUCUGAGAAAUUCACAGUUCCUCAAAAAUUCUUCUCUCAUUUCUAUGUGGUGGCUAUGGUAUGGACAACAUUCUUGCUCGUGACCACUUGGAUAUAUGCAUAUAGAAUGGCGCCAAUUGUUUCAAAGCCAUUUCAUUAUUAUACUAUUACCAGCCAUUUGACAGGGGGUUCACACAUAUUUUCAUGGCAUAAAACUUAUUCGUCUCCUAUGGAGUAUAGAUAUGGCAUUUGGCAAUCUGUCUUUCUUCUUUUGUUAAUGGAAAUUCAUGUCUCGAGACGUCUUUACGAGACAAUUCAAGUUUUCGAUUAUAGUCCGUCUGCUCGGAUGCACAUUUUUGGCUAUCUAACUGGACUCUUUUUCUACAUAGCAGCACCACUGUCACUUUGCUGCAACUGUGCACCGGAAGUUUAUAAAUUCAUGUUGAAUGGAGUAGCUCAGUUUAUUGUUGAGGGCAAGAAUUACGUGUCAGACAUAGAAUUUGAUUGGUGGGUAUUUGUGAUCUCCCUUUUGAAGCUUCGGUGGCACCAAUGGAUUGGUGCAGCAAUAUUUUUAUGGGGUUGGAUUCAUCAGCUUCGUUGUCAUGCCAUUCUUGGCUCACUCAGAGAUCAUAAAGAACAAACCAGUGAAUAUGUAAUCCCUCACGGUGAUUGGUUCCAAAUCGUAUCAUCUCCACACUAUUUGGCUGAGAUUGUUAUCUAUGCUGGUCUUGUGGUUGCUAGUAGAGGAGCAGACCUCACAAUCUGGUUACUUUUUGGAUUUGUGGUGGCUAAUUUAGUGUUUGCGGCAGCAGAAACUCAGAGGUGGUACCAUCAAAAAUUCAAGAAGUAUCCGAGAAACCGGAAUGCCAUUAUUCCAUUUUUUUAUUAAAGGAAAAUGUGUAUGAAUUUGUAAAGAGUCGAUUAAGCGGAAAAUUUUGUAGAUUACCAGUUCAUGCACAAAGCUACGUAUAAUCAAAUUGUUAAACUACAUUGGUUUAGCAUGUUACAAUUAAAAUUUCCAACUUUCAAAUAUAUUCUGUCCCAAGUUUGUGCCA